AGUCCUUGAUUUUCGCCUCUUCGCUCCAGUUGUUGCGUAAAAAUAUGAAAUUAUCGACGCAAUCACUCUUUCAAGAGCUUUUGCUCACUUUUGUGCUCAUCUGAGUUUGUUUGUCCACGUCGUGUUUUGCGGGGUUUACAGACAAAUACACGAUCUCCUCUAACUUCAUUCACUUGGAGGUGUUUGUGCGCAAUGGCUCCGCGUCUGGAACGCGACGGAUUCGGGAUGCUCGGCUGAAGGAAAGACAGACAGACAGAAAUCCAGUGGACGCGACCAUGAUCCUCUGAGUCUGGAUUCUCGGUCGCUUUUCGUCCAUGAAAACCUCUUCUCCCCCUUCUACUUGUGCGGAUCUAUCUCGGAGUGUGUGCGGUGUUUUAAUUCAGAGCGCACCUGCUCCUCCGCGUCUGUGACUCAACGAUGUGCUCCAGUGGGAAAACCUGCGUGUUUCUGUUCCUGCUUAAAAGUAUCAUGUCGGACCCGGGAGCCACGAACCAAGUGGUUCUGUUGGACACUACAACAGUGCUAGGAGAACUGGACUGGAAGACCUAUCCUGUCAACGGGUGGGACGCUAUCACAGAGAUGGACGAGCAGAACAGGCCCAUUCACACCUUCCAGGUUUGCCACGUCAUGGAGCCAAACCAGAACAACUGGUUGAGGUCUGGAUGGAUCCAGCGGCAGGCUGCUCAGAGGGUCUAUGUGGAGAUGCGUUUCACUCUGAGAGACUGCAACUCCAUUCCUUGGGUGUCUGGCACCUGCAAGGAAACCUUCAACCUCUUUUAUCUGCAGACAGAUGAGCCGCUGCCUGCAGCGACACGCUUUCGACCUCUUGACUACGCCAAGGUGGACACCAUCGCAGCAGACGAGAGUUUCACACAGACGGAUCUCGGCGAUCGUGUGCUUCGCCUCAACACGGAGGUCAGGGAGGUCGGGCCGGUGACACACAAGGGCUUCUACUUGGCAUUCCAGGACGUGGGUGCUUGUAUUGCUCUCGUGUCCGUCAAGGUCUUUUACAAGCGCUGCCCGUCGACUCUCAGGAGCCUCGCCGCGUUUCCUGACACCGUGCCGCACAUGGACUCGUCCUCUCUGGUGGAAGUGCGCGGCGCGUGUGUGGAGAAUGCCGAGGAAAGGGACACGCCCAAGUUGUACUGCGGCGCAGACGGGGAUUGGCUGGUGCCACUGGGCCACUGCGUCUGCAGCAUCGGCCACGAGGAGAUGGACGGCUACUGCCGAGCGUGUAGGCCCUCGUCCUUCAAGGCAUUUGCUGGGAACUCCAAAUGCUCCAAGUGUCCGCUGCACAGCUCCAGCCACGACCAGGCCGCCACCAUCUGCCACUGCGACAAAGGCUUCUACAGAGCCGUCAAAGACCCAGCCACCAUGGCGUGCACCAGGCCUCCGUCGGCUCCCAGGAACCUGGUCUCACUGAUCAAUGACACGGCUCUCUUCUUGCAGUGGAUGCCUCCGAGAGACUCGGGAGGCAGGGAGGACAUCACGUACAACGUCCUGUGUCAGCGAUGCGACGGCGACCGCGCCGCGACUCGGUGCGAGCCGUGCGAGCUGGACCUGAGGUUCAUCCCGCGGCCUCUUGGUCUGACUGGAACCUCUGUGGCGAUACUGGACUACGCAACGCAUGCCAGCUACACUUUCCACGUGGAGGCCGUGAAUGGCGUGACCGGGCUGGGCGUGGCCGCGCGCUCGCUGGCAAAUGUGUCCCUCAACACGCACCAAUCUGGUCCUGCUCUGGUGGGUGCAGUCAGAAAAGACUGGGCCUCUCAAACAAGCAUCGCCCUCUCCUGGUCAGAAGUGGAGCAGCCUCCGUCAGACAUAGUGGACUAUGAGGUCAAAUACUAUGAGAAGGAGCAAGAGCAGCUGAGCUACUCGUCAACGCGCACCAGAAAUCCCAGCGUGGUGGUGACGGGCCUCAGACCCUCCACCGUCUACAUCUUCCACGUGCGCGCUCGCACUGCAGCUGGCUACUCGGCGUACAGCCCCACCUUUGAGUUUGCCACUGCGGCUGAAGAUCCCGAUGUCGCCGAUCAGGGUCAAGUCCUGGUGGUGGUCACGGCGUCUGUGGGAGGCUUCUCUCUGCUGGUCAUCCUCACCCUCUUCCUCCUCAUCACUGGACGGUGUCAGGGCUACAUCAAAGCCAGGAUGAAGUCAGAGGAGAAGAGGAGGACUCGCUUCCACAGUGGACAUGUCCCGUUCUCUGGAAUAAAGACAUAUGUGGAUCCCGAUACAUAUGAAGACCCCACUCAGGCUGUGGAAGAGUUUGCCAAAGAGAUAGACCCCUCAUAUAUCUGCAUUGAACGGGUGAUUGGUGCAGGUGAAUUUGGUGAAGUCUGCAGCGGCCGAUUGCGCAUACCUGGAAGGAUGGACAUCGCUGUGGCGAUAAAGACGCUCAAAGGCGGCUACAUGGAGCAACAGAGGAGAGACUUUUUACGUGAAGCCUCAAUCAUGGGGCAGUUCAACAGCCCCAAUAUCAUCAGGCUGGAGGGAGUUGUCACUAGAAGCAGACCAGUGAUGAUAGUGGUGGAGUACAUGGAAAAUGGAGCCCUUGACUCUUUUCUCCGGACACGUGACGGCCAGUUCACUGUGCUCCAGCUGGUGGGCAUGCUUCGUGGCAUCACAGCAGGCAUGAACUACCUCUCAGACAUGGGUUACAUUCACAGAGACCUUGCCGCUCGCAACAUCCUGGUGGAUGAAAACCUUGUGUGCAAAGUGUCCGAUUUUGGGAUGUCCAGAGUCCUUGAAGAUGACAUUGAAGCAGCCUACACUGCAACAGGAGGGAAGAUACCAAUUCGCUGGACGGCACCGGAGGCCAUUGCUUAUGGAAAGUUUUCUUCCGCUAGCGAUGUGUGGAGCUACGGUAUCGUCAUGUGGGAGGUGAUGUCGUAUGGAGAGAGGCCCUACUGGGAGAUGUCUAAUCAGGAUGUCAUUUUGUCCAUUGAAGAGGGCUACCGUCUCCCAGCGCCGAUGGGCUGCCCUGUGACACUUCACCAGCUGAUGCUGCACUGCUGGCAAAAAGAGUUCGGCCAGCGCCCGCGCUUCAGCGACGUGCUCUCGUUCCUCGACAAACUCAUCAUCAAUCCCAGUAGUUUGCUCACUCUGGUGAACGAUGCUCAGAGUUUCCCCGACUCCCCGGAAAGCUUGCCAGACUACCCUCUGUUCAUCUCCAUCGGCGACUGGCUGGACUCCAUCAAAAUGAGCCAGUAUAAGAACAACUUCCUCGCAGCCGGAUACACAACUCUGGAUUCUAUUUCAACCAUGAGUAUAGACGACAUCAGGCGCAUCGGGAUCUGUUUGAUCGGUCACCAGAGGAGAAUCAUAAGCAGCAUUCAGUCACUGCGCCUGCAGCUUCACCACAUCCAACAGAGCGGCUUUCAAGUGUGAGCUGACCUGCUGCACAGAGACAGAGAGACAGACUGUGUGCGAGUGUGUACGUGCGUGUGUGUGUGUGUUGCUGGAAAAAAUCCCAACACCAGACUGUUAAGGUGAAAGAGAUGACGACACGCUGCUCAGGAGAGAGCAGUCAAAACCUCUGGGCCACAUCUGGUCCCGAUCAAACACUCAACCCAUCGUCUUAUGGAUUAUUAUCAAUAAAAACCUCCACAACAGCCAACCUCCGUCUGCGAAUGCGGUCUCUUCAAAAUCUCGACCUCUUCUCUCUCUCGCUCUCUCCAAGUGACAAUCCAAUAGUUUCUAUUGACUUUUCAAAUGGUUUCAAGUCUGUUACCUCAUGAUCAGAGAAGAUGUGGGUAUAUUAUGGUGUGGGCAACACAUGCUACACAGCGUGUGAUUUUUAAUAACAAACCUUUCCAGCUGGUUUAAUUAAUCGACUUGACCAGACAUGAAAAUAGAUGGAAUGGGUAAAUACAAUCAUGUUUUUGUUUUUUUUUGUGAACUGAAGACCGCUGAAUGUCAAAAGAUUUUAUAGACACGUGUGUUGGAUCCUCAUGAUAAUGCAGUAUGUCCUGUAAGAAAAAAAGUCUUGUGGAAGUUGUUACGUUUUAUUCAGUAUGUUUGUUCCUGAAUAAAUUAGCCU